GAGCUAGCUCCGGAGCAAAGCGACAGGCACUUGAAUAGUCCAACUUUUAAUGUAUUCAGCCUGAACCUAGCCAGCAUAGCCUAUCUAGGCGGGCUAUUUGUUCACACUAGCUACUCCUUUUCUGUUUGUCGAUUCUAUUUUAAUAUAUUUCUACCGACUGACAAUUUAGUCAACUCUGUAGGCUAUCGAACAGGCUAUUACUGUGAGUCCCAACUUUUAAAGGAGGCACAGCUGGACAAGUGGGAAACUGUAUGGACCAGGCCUAACAUGAAGAGCCUUAAAGCGAAGUUUAGGAAGAGCGACGCCCAUGAAUGGAGCAAAAACGAUGAGCGCCUCCUGGCAGCUGUGGAACAUGGAGAGGUGGAGAAGGUGGCCUCCCUCCUCACCAAGAAAGGAGCCAGCGCAGUCAAACUGGACAGUGAGGGCAAGUCAGCUCUCCAUGUGGCUGCCACCCGUGGUCAAACCGAAUGUCUGGCAGUCAUGCUGGCCCAUGGAGCGGACACAUCUGUCAUAGACGCCUCAGGUUUUAGUGCUUUACACCUCGCUGCCAAAAACAACCAUCAGGAGUGUGCCGAAAAGCUUAUACAGAGUAAAUGUGUGUUGGAUGCUCUGGACUGCUCAGGGAAGACAGCCCUUCACCACGCAGCUGCCAGUGGAAGCAUUGUGAUUGUCCAAACCUUAUGUGAGCACAAGUGUCCGGUGAACAUCAAAGACAUGGAUGGUCUCAGCCCCCUGCUGCUGUCCGCCAGACACGCCCAUGCUGAGGUGUGUAGCAGCCUCCUGGACUGGGGAGCCGACGUCAACGCAUGUGAUAAGAACGGCAGGACAGCGGUGAUGCUGGCCAGUGAGAGCAGCAGUGUGUCUGUAGUGGAGGUUCUGGUCCAGAGAGGAGCUGCCCUUCAGGCUGUGGACUCUUUGGGUCACGACGUUCUGCACUACGCCAAGCUGUCUGGCAGCAGUGAGAUCAGGGCCGUUCUGACCGCUGAGUUGCACAAGGCCCACUCAGAGUCCGACACCCCGAAGUCCCCGAAGUCCCCAAAGUCCCCCAAAACUCCUCAGCAUGAUCAACUGGCUAGGUUAGGUGGCGAUCGAAGCACAACUCCCAAAAAACGAAAAGCACCUCCACCUCCAAUUAGCCCUGUGCAGAUAUCUAGUCCCAACUCUCCCGCGUACAUGACCCCAAAUGAAACUCCAGUCUCCAGUAAAAGUUGUGGAUUUAAAAUAUUUAAUUAUAAGGAAGAGGAGUUGCGGAGCGUGUCUCUAAAGGAGGAGUUGGAGAAGCUACAGGAGGAGAAGUGCAUGCUGCUGGAGACCAUUGAGAAUCUGAAGCAGAUUGUGGACCAGACUGUGACUAUAUGCCAGACUGAGACGGAGCCGGAGCCCAAGGCAGAGGACUGUGGGAAGGUAGACUCAGCUCUGGUAGUGGCCCUACACGCCAAGAUUACAGCUCUGUCUCUGGAGAACCAGCAGUUGGCCCAGAUACUCAAGAAGCGUCCUUCUCCCCAGGGAGGUGAGGGUGGCCAGGAGGACUCGUCCCAUCCCAACAGUAUGAACUCUAACACCUCCUACCACACCAACCACAAGUCCCCCAGCGAGACCCUGCUCCAGCCCCAGGGGACAGAGGAGGAGGACAUGUCUAAGGCGUCUGCCCUGGAGCUCAGCAGCUCCUCCCUGAGACAAAAGGAGGAAGAGAGUUGGGAUGGGGGGAAGGAGGGAGGCGAGGAGGAGAUCCGACUGCUGAGGGAGUCCCUAGGAAGAGUCCAGUCCAAACUGCAGGAGACGCGGAAGGAGAACUGCACGCUCCAUGCCAGGCUCAAACCUGAGCAGGAGGAGGUGACGACGACGAGGGAGGGGGAGGUGCUGCUGGAAAGUCUAGCAGAGCUACAGGCCAAGUUGACGGAGACGCAGGAGAAACACCAGCAGGCCAGAGAGGAGGUACUGGCCCUCAGGGCACAUAUUGAAAGAGGAGGUGGUGGAGGAAGUGAAACGACAGGGCAGGAGCUCCAGAGACUGAGAAGCUCUCUGGAACAGGAAGUGAAAGAGCUGAGGUCCCAGCUGGCCCAGUCAGGGCAGCAGAGGGAGAGAGAUGUAGGCCGGAUCAGGGAGCAGGAGGCCAGGCUGAAGGCAGUAGAUGACAGUGGUGAUCGGGAGAAGAGCCUGCUGGUGGACCGGUACAAGGAGGCGCAGGAGGAGAUCAGGAUGCUGCAGGAGGCACUGAGGGGGACGGUCCCCGUAGAGGCUGCAGCUAAAGACUUUGAGGAGAUGAAAGGCGAGCUGGGGAGCGUGAUCGAUGGGCUGCAGCGCCGCCUGUUGGAACUAUCCAAGUCCUACAGCGAGGCCAAGAGUGAACUGAGCUCCACUAGGAACCAGCUAGAGGAGACCUGGGCUGUCAAGUCUAAGCCUGGCAGCCCUGUAGCCUCCCCAGACAAGGAGCAGGACACGCUGAGGAGCAGAGUAGAGGAGCUGCAGGCAUUGCUAGCCGACACACAGAGCAAGUAUUCAGCCUCUCUGGAGGAGAUUGCCCUCCUGAAGCAGGAGGCUGAGGCUGAGGCUCAGGAGUCAGUGGCGUUAUCUGACCACACCCAGGUGGUGUCCUCUCUGGGCAGCGCCAUCAAGGACCUGGAGGGCCAGGCAGACGCUCUGAGACAACAGCUGUCCCAGAGGACCCUGCAGGUGGACGCCCUACAGAACAGACUUACCAUGGAGAAGGAACACACACCGGAAGACUCAAUAUCACAGCUGGAACACGAGCAGAUGAGCGAGGGCCUGGAGAAGGAGAUGGGGAACCUGACACAGCUCCUCCAGGGGGCCCUGAGGAAGCAGGAUGAGAUGGCUCUGGAGGCGGCUGCAGCGUGGCAGGAGCUGAAGGAGGGGAGGAGUGAGAGGGAGGCCCUGCAGGAGCUAGCCAUCAGCAGGGAGAAGGAGAACCACACUCUGAGCACCAAGCUCAGAGAGGCCAAAGAUGCAAUCGCUCAGCUGAAGAAGCUGGUGGAGGAACAUGUCAGCUCAGAGAGAGAGAAGAAUAAGAAGAUUGAUGACCUGUCGAGAGAGGUGGGGAAGUUAAAGGAUGCCUUAAACAGCCUAUCCCAGCUGUCCUACAGCGCAGGCUCAGCCAAGAGACAGCAGACCCUGCAGCAGCAGCAGCUGGACAACCUACUGCAGCAAGUCAAGCAGCUGCAGUACCAGCUAGGGGAGUCAAAGAGGCAGCACCAUGAGAUAGUGUCCAUCUACAGGAUGCACCUCCUAUACGCCGUCCAGGGUCAGAUGGAUGAGGAUGUUCAGAAAGCCUUGAAGCAGAUUCUGAUGAUGUGCAAGUUGCCAACAGAAGCCAAAUUAAGUGUCUGAGAUGGAACAGUCUAUCUGUCUACUGACAAUGCUGGAGAGGAGACACAACCUAUCUGAUCUAUCACACUACAGUGCACGUGUGCCCAUCAAAGCAAAGAUAAUGAUAAAAAAAAAGACAUUCUUAUGUCUACAAAUGAUGUCAGAGGGUAGCUAUGAAGACUUGUUGUCAAUAGAUUUGACUGGCAUCCUAUCUAUGAACUAGCAGUAUUCGUUUUGUAAUGUUGUCAAUGUUGAAUUGUAGCACCGGUUUUCUAGUCUGGCUAACACCUAACUCGAAGUCCUCCUGACUUCACAGUCUGAAAAGGCUAUUUUGAUGUUGUCGGCACGACCACCCACAGCCCCCGAGCGCCGUCCCUUCCAAUACAACUGUUGGAUUUUCAAAUCCAAACAACAUGAGGUCUCAACCCCCCAGGAAAGAAAAAAUGUUUGAGAGAACCAAUCAAAGCUCAGCCCAUUUCUGCGCAAAUACUGCAUUUACAACCAUUGUGUCACAGCUCUCUUUCGGCUGUUUACCACGUGAGUUGUGUCAGCCAGGCUAUAUAAUCAAAAAUAUUUUUUGGACCUCUGCAUGCAACUUUUCCAAAAUCAACCAAAGAAGAAGAACACUGCUAAAUACUUUAGCGACAUUUCAAAUUAUAAAAGUAAUAUUUUCAAAUAUAUGCAAUAUUUUUCAAGAUACAUAACUUAUUUAAAUGAAAACAAAGAAGUUUGGUAGUUGUAUUUUUUUAACAACCCUAUUUGGUGGUUUUUGAAUGAAUUCAAUAUUGUGUGAUAACCUAGGCCCUUUUUAGUGUCUGCAAUCUGUGAAUGCCAAUUUUACCCAAUUGUGGGUUUUGUCCUCAUUUACUCCAUAUUCCCUUGGAGACUUCUUAAAUCAAUAUGACUUUAAGAACCGAAUUGACUUUUAAAAUAAUGAAACCCCCCUUU